AUGCCUUUGCAAGUCAUAGUAGUCGGCGCUGGCCCCGUUGGCUGCCUGGCAGCGCUCGGGCUCGCACAGCGAGGCUGCCAUGUCCAAGUCUUCGACUCCCGUCGCGACCCUCGUCCUCCAUCGGCCACAGCAAACAAUGCUUCUACCUCCAUCAACCUCGCCAUCAGCACGCGAGGACUGACGGGUCUGCGCAGUGUCCGGCCAUGGCAGCAUGACCUUGCGGACAUCAUCCUCUCCGAAGCAGUGCCAAUGUGCGCACGCAUGAUCCACACUCUACCUACUUCACUUGGCGCUUCCAGCAGCAUCAAGCUCCUCUCGCAGGCUUACAGCACCGUUGGAGAGUGUAUCAACAGUGUCGAUCGAGCGCGCCUGAACAAUCUUCUUCUCGACCAGGCGGCACGACAUCCGUUGAUCGACGUUUUCUUCGAGUACAAGCUGCUGCGCGCCGAUCUGGAGCACGCUCUUCCGCAGGAUGAGCAAGUGCUCAAGCAGUGCGACGUCGUCAUCGGUUGCGAUGGCCACCACAGCAAGCUGCGCGGGGAAAUGGUGCGCUUCGUGCCGCGCAUGGACUUUAGCCAGUCCUACAUUGACAAUGGCUAUGUCGAGCUGAGCAUCCCGCGGCGCAGUGAUCACCCUGAUGCGGGCGUUCGCGAACAUGUCCCGCGGUACUCGCGUGCCGGGGCGACGAAACGGAUGCCGGAUGAUGAUGAAUUCCUUUUGGAUCCAAACCACCUACACAUCUGGCCGCGCCAUGACUUCAUGCUGAUCGCCCUGCCAAACCGCGAUGGCAGCUUCACCUGCACGCUUUUUGCGCCGUUCAACCAGAUCGACCGCGCAGAUGUGCAGCCGCGGACGAUGAUCGACUUCUUCCAGCGCCACUUCCCCGAUGCGCUGCCGCUCAUCUCGCCCGCGGCGCUCGUGCGCGAUCUCAGUAGCCGCAAGCCCAGCAACCUCGGCAUGGUCUCUAUCAAUCCGUACACGUACAAGGACCGCGCGAUCCUGCUGGGCGAUUCGGCACACGCUAUGGUGCCGUUCUAUGGACAGGGCCUCAAUUGCGGAUUGGAGGACGUGCGGGUCAUGCUCCAGUACAUCGACCAGAUGCUGCCGCAAGAGGAGGAUGCUGUUGUUGCGCCCACCACCGCCGCGGACAUGCACGCCAUCCGGCACGCCCUGCGCACGGCGUUUAACGCAUAUUCGUCGCAUCGGCGGUCCGACCUGGUCGCGAUCAGUAGCCUGGCGAUCCAGAACUACAACGAGAUGUCGUCGCGCGUCGUCUCGUCGGCGUACAUUGCGCGCAUGCAGCUCGACGGCCUGCUGAUGCGCACGCUGCCGAAAGGCUGGUGGCGCAGCCUGUACUCGAUGGUCACGUUCUCCAACGAGCGCUACAGCGCGGUGGUGCAGCGGCGCGACUGGCAGAACGACGUCGUCAAGACCGCCGUCGAGGUAGCCGCAGGCCUGGCAGCUGUGGGCCUCUCGGCUGGGGCGUGGGCUGCAGGAAGAUGGCUGCUAAAGGGCUCGCGCCCAGGAUGA